GUGAGGUACUAGGGUUCUGCGGCCAUACGACUUCGACGAUGCAUUUGAGCGGAAAAAGAGCACCGGAGAUCAAGUCACUCAGUGUGCGCUUUCCAUCCGACCUAGCUGUAUCGGCCAAAACGCGCUCGCAAAUUUGUUUUCAGACAUGCUUCUUUCACCGUGCCGCCGUCCGUGUGCAUGUCUACUUGAUCCACCUGUUUCCGCCACAAUGAUCCUUUCGAGGUAUAUAUUGGACGCGGUGAAAAUCCGCUGGUCUUGCUUUGUGUGCCUUCCCUCCUUGUGUCGCGCCUUCUAGGGGGGUUGGGCUUGUACCUCCGGCAUUUUCCUUCCGCGACUAGGCCUCAAGAUGUUCAUCAACAAGGCCGCGGUGGUCGCGGCUGUUCUGUAUGCUUGCAGGGCGUACGGACAAACUGCUGCGACUCCUGGUCAGCCGAGCACGACAGAUGCUCCUUUGGGUCAAUUUGUCAUCGUCGGGAACAGUAUUGCAAGCGCGCAGCAGAUGUUCGUCGGGACCCUCGAUAAGGUGUACAUUGUGGACAAGACAGAGCGGAACCCAACGCAGAUUGAUGGGCAUCCCGCUUGGGGAGCUGAGUACACGUUGAGCACGAAUGAGGCACGGCCGAUGAACGUGAUUACGAAUUCGUUCUGCGCCGGAGGAAACGUUCUGGGGAACGGGACCUGGGUGAAUGUUGGCGGCAAUCAGGCUGUUACCUACGGCGGGUUAGCGGCGGCUAGCCAGACGGGCGGUCCUCCUUACGACGAUCCGGAUGGUGGUCAAUCAAUCCGUUUACUCAAUCCUUGUGACAAUGAGCAGUGCGACUGGACCCUGACCACGCCAAUGACCACUCGGAGAUGGUAUCCCUCUGUCGAAACCUUAGAGAACGGAACCUUAAUAAUUAUAGGUGGCUGCGACUGGGGAGGAUACGUCAAUGAUGCUUCACAGACGAACCCCACCUAUGAGUUUUUCCCACCUAUUCCUGGUGUAGGCCUUACAACGUCGCCACUGCUAGUGAACACGUUACCUGCGAACCUCUAUCCAUUGACAUGGCUACUUCCUUCUGGUCUCUUGUUCGUGCAGGCCAACUGGGGGACUGCGCUCAUUGACUACAAGGCACGGACAGAGACGGAAUUACCAAGUAUGGUCGAUGCUGUGAGGACGUAUCCUGCGAGCGCAGGCACCGCCAUGCUUCCAUUGACUCCGGCGAACAAUUGGACCGCGACCAUACUAUUCUGUGGGGGCUCCAAUAUAUCGUCUUCUCAAUGGGUGACCACAUGGGAUAUUGCUGAAUACCCGGCAUCGAACUCAUGCGUCACCGUUACUCCGGAUAUUUCAGCGACCUACAUCGAAGACGAUCCUCUCCCAGAGGUUCGCUCUAUGGGAAAUUUGAUACUUCUUCCCAACGGCAAGAUCCUCUGCCUGAACGGCGCCGGUACUGGUACCGCCGGGUACGGUAACGUGUCCUGGGCGAUUGGUCAGUCAUUCGCAGACAAUCCUGUGCUCACGCCUGUCAUCUACGAUCCUGCGGCUCCUGCCGGGCAGCGCUGGUCACGGGAAGGGCUGAGUGCCAGUACCGUUCCCCGCAUGUAUCACUCCAGCGCUACACUGCUACCAGAUGGCUCGGUCAUGGUUUCAGGCUCAAAUCCCAACGCUGACUACACCGUCGGCGCAGACGUCAAGUAUCCUACCGAGUACCGCGUGGAGUACUUCUAUCCUUCAUACUACAACACGCGGAGACCGGAGCCCCAAGGGCUCCCAACAACACUGUCAUACGGCGGGCCGUACUUCAACGUCUCGCUCACUUCAGAUGACCUCUUCGGCAAUGUACAGAACGUGAAGAACACAACUGUCAUCGUGAUCAGGACGGGGUUCUCGACGCAUACAAUGAACAUGGGUCAGAGAUACGUACAGCUAAACUCUACCUACACGACUGCUGCAGACGGCUCCGCGGUGCUUCAUGUCAGUCAGCUCCCACCGAACCCUGCUGUUCUCGCUCCCGGGCCUGCAUUGCUGUUUGUGGUUGUCAACGGAGUGCCCUCAGUCGCUGUGCAAGUCAUGGUUGGUUCCGGCCAGUUGGGGACACAACCAAUUAGUGCGGUGGUCGACUUGCCGUCGUCAAGUGUUGCGGUGAACACCACCACUUCGAGUACAGCUCCCGGGUCUGUGCAAACGGGUCAAGGUAGCCAUGAUCAGACGUCAUCUGGGAUCUCCUCUGUGUUCGCUCAUCGUGGGCUCAUGGGUUGGCUUCUGCUCUUUACGAUUGCACAAAGACUACUUCUGUAGAUGAUUCUUACUGGUUUCCACUACGCUCGUAUACCUUUGGACGCUUCUGACAGUACAUUCUUGACUAACCCACUUUCGUUACUUGCGCACUCCUUAACUGUUGGGUUGACGGGGAUAUGUUCCUAUGACUAAGAAUCAUACGUGGCAAUUUACGCUAUAGACUUGAUCAGCCUUUCUGUUACCUGGAAAGCGAGUCGAGCACAGCCCAAUAUACAGUUAUACGAUGCUGCCUUCUAUUAGCUUCGAGAAAAAUGAAAACCAAUGAAAC